AUGCAGAUUGCGUUGAACUCCGUACCAAGUGCCAGACCUGCAGAGCCUAUGACUCCGACAGUUGACAAACUUGGCAAAGUUGGUAAGGAGAAGCUCAGAAAAACGUCCAGAGCGGUGUCGGAACAGCGAAAAGCCGAGCAGUUCCUCAAGGAGAUGGACCUCAUUGACUUUCUGCAUGUGAAUGAUUUCUUCGGAGACAACGUGAAUGAACCACGAUUGGGGCAUUUUGGACGAAAGGAGCAGGUGUGGCCCAUUCACAUUGCCGCUGAGCUGGGUGAUGCCGAUCUCUUACGCCGCUUGCUUCGAGCAAAAGCAGAUGCGACACAGGAGACGUCUGCAGGUCGAAGGGCCAUAGACCUGGCGGCAGAAGCGGAUCAAAGGGGCUCCCAUGGGCAAGUCAUAGAUCUCCUUCGGGCAGGUGUGACGUGCUGUUCUGCUCGUGAAGCAUUGACCUUGCUUUGA